CUUAAAAUGCUUUCAUGAUAGAUAAAAACCUCAUGAUUUUAGGAUUAUUAUCUGAGAAUAUAAAAAGCCGAAUUAUGUCAGAUAUAAAGACUAACUUAUCUUAUAACUUUUUCAGAUCUUCUUGUUGGUUUCGUCCAAGUACUGACAGAUAUUAUUUGGCGAACGUUUGUAGAUUUUUACGGCGGGAAUGUCGUUUGUAAAAUGGUUCGUUAUUUUCAGGUUUUAGUUAUGUAUUCCUCCACUUAUGUCUUGGUGGCGCUGAGCAUCGAUCGAUAUGACGCCAUCACUCGCCCACUGAGAUUUUCUGGAAGUUGGAAGAGAGCAAAAAUUUUGAUUGGGUCAGCCUGGGGAUUAAGUGCCCUAGCGGCGAGUCCAGCAGUUUUUUUGAACAAAGAAUCCGUAAUCAAAGGACGACUUCAAUGUUGGAUUGACAUGGAGAACUGGCAGUGGAGAUUAUAUAUGCCACUUGUUGCUGUUUCCGUGUUUUUUUUCCCUGCCGUCGUUAUCUCUGGGUGUUACACAGUUAUCGUGUACACCAUCUGGACCAAAAGUAAAUCCCUCAGUUAUCCUAAAUCCAGAGGAUCGACGUUCAUAUUAAAAGACAAACCUGGAAGAUUCAUUGAUGAUGAAGAAGCUGAUAGCAGAAGAAGAAGGGCCAGCUCCAGAGGAAUCAUUCCGCGAGCGAAGAUUAAGACUGUUAAAAUGACUUUUGUUAUAGUUUUUGUGUUCAUCUUGUGCUGGAGUCCAUACUUUAUCUAUGACCUUCUCCAGGUUUUUGGAUACUUCCCACUUAAUCAAACUAACAUUGCUGUCUCUACUUUCAUCCAAAGCCUGGCUCCUCUAAACAGUGCUGCUAACCCUUUUAUUUACUAUAUUUUUUCUACUCAUCUAUGCAGAACCCUUAGCAACUUUUCUUGUUGUCAAUGGUUUUCUCGACAUAGUCGUGCCUGCUGCUCGAAGGCGAAACGGCCUGUAGAAUCUGAAAGUCGAACGUCACACUACACAACCGUAAGCGAAAUGUUUCUGAGGUCAUCCAGAUUAUCAACCACUUGUCAGGAGGUACCUCUGGAAACGCAACCUUCUGUGUCAGAUGCUACAACACAAUUUUCAAAGAAAGUCAACAACGAAAAAAAACGAGAAGCGCCUUCGGAAACCCUCGAAGCUUCAUCUGAGAAAAUGCAUCUGUGAAUUAUUAAAAAAAAAUUAACGACAUUAAAUGUUACGGUUUUCUGUUGGUAUGAACAGAAGAAUCCUUAGACGAGAUCUUCUUUUCAUCUGGUAUGAAAUAUUUUGAAACAUACGUCAUUAGGUACUAGUUGAUAGGUUCUGUAGCUUGUUAGCGGAACUUGACAUGGUAGAAAGUUCCAGUAAACUAGGGUUACAGAUAUCGAAAUCCUGAUCAUUUUGGCUUUGCAAGUUCCACUUUUUCCACGGCGCUGUCAUACGGAUUCCAUAAGUGAACACAACAUGUCUUAGUAUGUAAGCUUAUGUAUCGUUAAAUGGCUUAUUAGUCCUGUGAGUUGGAAGUUUAAACGUGUAACGCGUUAAAUAACGUUUUCUUAGAGUCGAAUUGAAACGAUAACUUUCUAGUAAUUAUCAUAAUCAAAUUAAGCAUUAUUUAUAUUUUUUUACGUAUUCUAGAUAUCGGUAAGUAGUCAACAAUUAUGUUUUUCGAGUAGUGAACAUGUUAUACGCUUGUUUCACGAAGACUAUCCGCGCUAGCUGUCCGUAAUUUAGCAGUGAUAGACUAGAAGGAAGGCAACUACUCUUUUGUCAACCAAUAGUGGGGUUGACCGUCACUUAUAACGCCCCCGCGGCUGAACAGGCAUGUUUGGUGGUACGGUGAUUCGAACCCUUAGAUUGCGAGUUGAGCGCGUAAACGUGAUGUUAAAUGUAAUAAAACGUUUCUGAAUAUAGGUCAAAAUUAACAAUGUUGCAAAACGAUAUUUGAUUUAUAAGAAGUAACUUUGUAAUGUGAGAAAAAUAUUACUGAAAGAUAUGGAUGUAGAAUAUUAGGGAUACACGCGAUCAUAUUGUUGUUAUACAUGGUAACAUCGUUAUAAUAUGUAAUUAUAGUGUUGUUAUGUAUGGUAACAUCGUUAUAAUAUGUAAUUAUAGUGUUGUUAUGUAUGGUAACAUCGUUAUAAUAUGUAAUUGUAGUGUUGUUAUGCAUGGUAACAUCGUUAUAAUAUGUAAUUAUAGUGUUGUUAUGCAUGGUAACAUCGUUAUAAUAUGUAGUUAUAGUGUUGUUAUGCAUGGUAACAUCGUUAUAAUAUGUAGUUAUAGUGUUAUUAUACAUGGUAACAUCGUUAUAAUAUGUAGUUAUAUUGUUGUUAUACAUGGUAACAUCGUUAUAAUAUGUAGUUAUAGUGUUGUUAUGCAUGGUAACAUCGUUAUAAUAUGCAAUUAUAGUGUUAUUA